ACUUCGCUUCAAAUAUCGCGGAAGAACCCAGUGUCUUGAAGACCUUCCCCGGGAAUGUCCAUUUUUACUUUGGAACAAUAAAUAGUAAUGCUCACAUUGGUCAUAUAAAUGGCUGAAUCCACUACUGCCGUUGCUCAUUUAAAAGAAGGAGGAUUCACAAUGACAAGCCUAGACCAAAUUACAAGUAGCUGUGAGAGUGGUCGUCUUAGUUACACUCAUCAAGAACACGACGAAUAUGAAUCAGAUAGUGACAAUGAGACCAUUGAUGUGAUUUGUGAGAAUAGUGAACACAGUGAUAUGAACGAUGAUAUAACAAAACCGUAUUCGACUCGUUUAAAAAAACAUCAAAACAGUACUGAUAUAAGUAAAAUAAAAUUAAGUGAUAGUAGUUUAAAUGCUAAAAAUAUAUUAGGUGGAAGUAAAAGUAAAACAUUUCUAAUAGACAAUAUUUUAGGAAAUAUUAAAAAUAAAUCAGAUGCAAAUUUGGUUGAUGAAGAGGACUAUGAAGCAGCUGAUGAACAUAACGUAUCAUCAACGUCAUCCAACGUGGAGGUUGGUGGGUUAAGUGGCGCCGAGAUCCUGGCUGGCCAUGCCUACGCUCACUGGCUGGCUACACAUCAACCUUCAUCUUCCUUCUACGAUGACAAAAGCAGUAGAAGACCGCGCCGAGCAGGGCCUGAAAGAAAGCCACGACAAGCGUACAGCGCAAAACAACUGGAGCGACUCGAAGCAGAAUUCAAACUUGACAAAUACUUAAGCGUUUCGAAGAGAAUGGAGCUUUCAAAAGCAUUGGGCCUUACGGAGGUGCAAAUAAAAACAUGGUUCCAGAAUAGGAGAACAAAAUGGAAAAAACAAUUGACAUCUCGUUUGAAAAUCGCACAACGGCAGGGACUUCUACCGGGACAUAUCUUAGGACAUACCCACCAAGCUUAUUCCCUUUUGAACCCGUACGCUUAUGCACCAUUAAGUUGCGUCUUCACACCUGUAACUAUGACGUCAUCACCACCAUAAUCAAAUUAGGAAAUCGUUUAUGAUUUAUAUGCAAACAGAAUUACAAUCACUAUUAGAUCUAAAAGAGACGAAUCAAAUUUGUUAUGUUGAUUGAUAGAGCAUGAUCUGACUGAUUCAAACUGCAAACAACAAAUAUUAUGUUCCUUGAAUAAACCGUAUUAUAGGUAGGUAAGUAAGGUGGGUAGGUACCUAUCAAAGUUUGCUAUCAAAUAGUGUGCAUCGACUUGUUAAUUAUGUGUUUGUUGAGCGAUUACUGCUAACUAUGUCCCAAUCCUGCGCAGUUGCUAAUCACUGAUGAAUAGCAACAAUCUAUUUAAAUUCGCUUAGUAUUGUUUUACAUCUGUUUAUAUUAUAUCGAUCACAAUUCUGUAAAGCUUCAUCACAUUGCUUUUUUUUAUGAAAAUAAGGAACGAGACGAGCAGGACGUUCAGCUGAUGGUAAUUGAUACCCAUUACAAUGCAGUGCCGCUCAGGAUUCUUAAAAAAACACUAAAAUUCUGAGCAGCACUAAAAUUGCGCUUGUCACCUUGAGACAUAAGAUGUUAAGUCUCAUUUGCCCAGUAAUUUCACUAACUACGGCGUCCUUUAGACCGAAACACAGUAAUGUUUACAUAUUACUGCUGCACGGCAGAAAUACGCGCUUUAAAAAUUCUUCUCCUUUUCUAUGGUUAUCUAAAUUUUCCUAGACGCUUAGAAUUAAAAACUUAUUGGUGGCGUAUUAUAAAUAAUCAAACACCACGUUUAUAUUUACAAUGCUUAACUAGAUAAUAGCUAAAAUUACCUUUUUAUUAAAGGGGACACGUGGGGUGGUGUUAUAAAAGUAGAUAAAUAGUGAACUGAUCACUAAGAAGGAGAUUGUAAGUGAUCCUGCGAGGGUGGGAGGGAGAAAUAUAUCCCGUAAAACUGUUAUUUAUGGACACAUUGCUGUUUUUGAUCCAAACGUAUUUUCGCAUGUUAGUAAUGUAUGUAUAAUGUAAAUUUUGUAGAGAGCAACGUAUAAAAGAGGUUUUCGUUUGUGUGCGCAUCAUGAAAUAACUACUGGAUAGAUCUCAAUUAAAUUUUGUUUUAGUCCUUGACACUUGAGCCUUAUCUAUAAACAUAUAACAGGAUGAACUGGUUUGGCCUAGGAUAAACUAGUUUGUACUAAGAUCGGGUUGGGGCGGUAACAUAAUAUAUAUCUUUGUUAACAUUAUUAC